GAGUGAGUGAGUGAGUGAGAGAGAGAGAGAGAGAGGGGUGGGCUGGCCGGUGGGGUACAGUGGAAUGGCGGUGCUGGAACUCGCUCUGCAGGGUCUCUCCAUUUUCGGCCUGAUCCUGUUUGUCAUCCUGUGGUUGAUGCACUUCAUGUCCAUCGUCUACGGGCGCAUUCGACUAAACAAGAAGACAACAGACAAACAACCUUAUAGCAAGCUUCCUGGUGUGUCCCUGCUUAAACCCUUGAAAGGAGUGGAUCCAAACCUCAUAAACAACUUGGAAACUUUCUUUGAGCUUGAUUACCCAAAAUUUGAAAUACUCCUUUGUGUACAAGACCAUGAUGAUCCGGCAAUCGAUGUUUGUAAGAAAUUGCAGGGAAAAUACCCAAAUGUGGAUGCCAGAUUAUUUAUUGGUGGCAAAAAGGUUGGCAUUAAUCCCAAGAUAAACAAUUUGAUGCCAGGUUAUGAAGUAGCCAAAUAUGAACUUGUAUGGAUCUGUGACAGUGGAAUUCGAGUGAAACCGGACACACUGACAGACAUGGCCAACAUGAUGACUGAGAAAGUGGGCCUGGUGCAUGGAUUACCAUAUGUUGCUGACAGGCAGGGAUUUGCUGCUACUUUAGAACAAGUAUACUUUGGCACAUCACAUCCAAGAACAUAUAUAUCAGCCAAUGUGACUGGCUUCAAAUGUGUAACAGGAAUGUCCUGUCUGAUGAGAAAAGAUGUAUUAGAUCAAGCUGGAGGCCUUAUUGCUUUUGCUCAGUAUAUAGCUGAAGAUUAUUUUAUGUCCAAGGCAAUCGCAGACAGGGGAUGGAAAUUUGCUAUGGCAAGUCAAGUAGCAAUGCAAAAUUCCGGCAGUUAUUCUAUUUCCCUGUUCCAGUCACGAAUGAUCAGGUGGUCAAAAUUACGUAUCAACAUGCUGCCUGCUACAAUUAUAUGUGAACCAAUCUCUGAGUGCUUUGUUGCAAGUUUGAUAAUUGGAUGGGCUGCUCAUCAUGUCUUCAAAUGGGACAUUAUGGUAUUUUUUAUGUGUCACUGCUUGGCAUGGUUUAUAUCUGAUUAUAUCCAGCUCAGAGGAGUCCAGGGUGGUCCUCUAUGUUUCUCGAAACUUGAUUAUGCAGUAGCUUGGUUUAUCAGAGAAUCCAUGACAAUAUACAUAUUCUUGUCUGCCCUCUGGGAUCCCACUAUAAGGUGGCGGACAGGACGUUACAGACUGCGUUGUGGUGGCACAGCUGAAGAAAUCAUUGAUGUAUGAACACUCAAUCCAGGCUCUAAAUUAAGAAAAGUAUUAUGUAUGAUGUUUGUACAAAGACUUUUAAAUUGUUCUAUCUUCCAUAGUUUUUACUUGUGUGUCCUUGUAUUGAGUUAAAUUAUUUGCCUGGCACUUGCAGCUGAAAUUUAAAAGCUUGCAGAAAAUGGAAAAAAAAAAUGAGGCCAAAAAGCAUGUUUUUCUAUCUCUCUAUGCAAAGGAGUAGGUUAGAAUUUUAUUUUUUAAAUAUAUUUUAACCUAACUGUUAGUUUUAAAAACCAGAUACAAGAAUAUUGUUGCUUUAAACAUUAUGUUUGAGGUAUUGUGUUUGGCAAUUCAACAGUACUGCUUACAAAAGGCAUGAAAACAUCUGUUGGAUAAUUGUUAUUCCAUUGCAAACAAUGUAAAAAGAUCUUUCAAGAGAGGGGAUGACAGACAAACAAUGUUUGGCCUCAUGGCAACGACCAAAAGUAGUUUUAUUAUCUGCAACCUUCUGGAACAACUUUAGUAUUAAUCACUGCAUGUGUAAUAGCAUAUAGUUCUAUCUUUUGGUUGCUUUGAACAGCUAAGUAGCUUUUUAAAGAGAGGAUCAAAGCUGCUAAGUGAAUGUUACUUCAUGCGUUUCAAGACCAAAUGAAAUUGCACAUCCUCUUACAAAAGCAAAUUACUGUGGAUGUUGGGAAGCUGAAAGAGAAGAUGCUGGAAAAUCUCGGUUAGGUGGCAAGUAUGAAGAUUGACAGUUACCAUUUCAGGUUGAUUUUUCACUUGAAGUCUGAUGGGAAAGGUUCUCAACCUGUAACUUGUUUCUCUGCACAAAGGCUGCCUGACCUGCUGAGAGUUUUCAGGAUUUUGUUUUUUGUUAUUAUUAGUCAUCCUCAGAUUAUAACUUUCAGUAUUUUGGAAAUAAGGGUGUGAAGUUCAACAGCUUGUAAAUAUGAAUAUGUCCUUCAGCAUUACUGAAUAAUGUCUAAUAGGUAGGAGGACAUGUGUGAGGUUAUAAUUGCGAUCGCAGCGACUAAUUCAGAAACUGCCAAACUGAAUCUGUUGAUGGUUCAUGUUUCGAUAUUACAAUCUUGAUCUGGUCUUCAUUAAUUAAAGCUAGUUUGGUAUCCAUGUGGAAAUGCAAUAAUUUUGCAGAAACGUGGUGCAUGCAGUUGCAUUUCUAUUUUGUCCAGGCUUCAUGUUAAUGUUUGUAUUCAAAGUGCUUAGUGAGCUCAUUAGUCACAACUUAUAACAAAUUGCAGUGGUGAACUAGAUCUGUUAAAAUGGGGUGGAAAGUGCUCUUUGUAUGCCUGGGUCUUCAGAUUGGACUGUAAGAGAAUUUUGUGGCCUGAACUUUGUGCAGCAUUUGUAUUUUUUUAAAUUUGUGGCCAUGUAGAAAUGCCAUGUAUAUUUCAUAGACUGUGACUGUGAAACGUUUGCAUUCUGAAUAACACUAGCACCUAGACUUUAAACAUGUUCUUUUUUUAAAGAAAAGUUGAUUUUCUGAAAUCACUGCUGGACAGUCAAAUCCAUAAUGUAAGCAAUAAUGAAUUUAUUUGAAAUCGCAUGAUGGCAACUAAUGCACUUUAAGCUCAGAUAAUCUGGUUCAUCUUGUGACCAGGCAAAUCUUGGCUUAUAAUAUUGCCAUUAAUUUUUUUUUUUGUAAAUUGUUCUAAAUUCAUUGAUUCUGUCACAAGUUUGCUGGCCAUUACUGAAUAUUGGGAUUGAAAUUGGAAAGUUUUGGAAAAUAUCUGUUGUUCAUUUACUCUACUGAUUGAGCCACUGCCUUUUCCUUGUUUAUUUUGACAUUCUACCCUUAUGAUAUCAUUUAACUGGUUUGAGGGGUUAUCCUGUGUAAUCUUUGCACCGCUCAGGCAUAACAUUUUGUUUGCAUAAUCUCCCAUCAUUGGCAUGAAUCAGGUGAAUCCUGAGGAAGUCCUAUGUUUUCAAGAACUGUCUAGUUGUGAUCCACCAAUUUUCAGCUUGCCAUUUGAGCUUUGCUGUUAAACAUUGUGUGUUAUUUGUGAUUUUUUUAUAACUCAUUUUUGUUUUAUGAAUUUUCAUUAGUCUGACCAGUACUGAAAUGAGAAUUCUACUUGCAGCCUGAUGCAAUGCUGGUUGUUUUCCAUGACAUUUCAGCUGUGAAGUUUAAAAAAAAAUUGGAAGUGGUUGAUAAUGAAUCAUUUUCACAAAGUUACAGAACAAUGCAUGGAACAGCUGAAAAUGAAGUGGCACCAAAGCAUGAUCUCAUGAUUUUCAUACUUUAUUGAGCCAUUUAUGUACUUUUAUCGAUUGCAGGUACAAAGCACACAUAAGUCAGCACCAAUUAUAGUGUACAGAUUUAUUCAGGGAUCCACUUGCCUAUUGCAAAAUUCCACUGUUGUAUCUUCAGUUGUCAAAACAACCGUGUACUAAACAGAUCUCAGUGACUGUGCCUCUCUGUGGGCUUUGGUGUUAAAAAUGAGCCUUAAUGUUGAUUGUAUGUUUUGGGGUAUAUACGUGAUGACUACAAUCAUAUGGAAUGUAUCAGCUUUGUCCUUGUUGGUUUAAAUCUGAGACUGCUAAGUGACACUGACCUUGCCAUGCACAUAGGUAGGCACUGAAAUGAAAACUUGCUUUAUUUAAUUAUCAACUUUGUUGUGUUCCAGACUCUGCCACUAAAUGCUUAAACCGUGAAAUUUUGCUUCAGAAGACUAUAUAUACAGAGAUGUCAAUUGUACAUUCAACUUUUUACUGAAUAAAACAGAUUUGAAUGUAGUUGUAACGUGAAUAGUUUUUGUAUUAGUUAUUUGUCACAUAUCUUUAUGAAGUGGUAUAAGAAUAUAAAGUAUGGCAUUAAUGUUUUAAUUGUUAUUAAAAAAAAUCAAGUGGUGACAAA